AUUUUUAGGUUGUGGUUUGUGGAGAAACGGGAAAAACCCAGAGACAGCGAGAGAGGUUUUCUCACUUUAGUCAGUCCAUCCUUCGUGAAGAGAGGAAGAGAAAGAGAAGAAGUUGCAUAGCGUAUUCCAAGUUCUAAUUUUUCUGCUAACAUAAAUCCUACAAUUGUUUCAGUUGCGCUACAAAUCUUUAGUUCUUUCUGUAUUUCAUUUGUCAUUUUCGUGGAUUGGAAGUUGGGAUUUCUUCAUGAAUCACACCCCUGGUUCUUUGAUGUGAUUCUUAAUUAGGGUUUCAUGCUUUUGUUUCUGGGUCGGCAGAUUAUGAGAUUUCUGCGUUGAUUAAUCCAUCGGUUUCCGGUCAAUUUACUGCGGAAGUCUGCCCUUUUUCGCUGUUAACAUUUUCUCUGACUCUUCUAUUGUCGAUCCCUACUCUUAUCGAGUGCUAUUUUAUCAAAUCUCGAUGGGGAAAGGAGGACAAGAUCAUAGAAAUCAGAAUAGUAGUGGAUCCAUAUCCUCCGACAUCCCGGCGUGGGCGAAAGACGUCCAAGAGUGUUUGAAGGUGUACAACGUCGACAAAGACCGGGGGUUGACAACUGAGGAAGUCGAGGAGCGGCGUCGGAUCUACGGUUGGAACGAGUUGGAGAAGCAUGAGGGCCCGUCAAUCUGGAGUCUGAUUAUCGAACAGUUCAACGACACCCUGGUGCGCAUUCUACUCGUCGCCGCAGUGGUGUCGUUUGUCCUCGCUUGGUAUGACGGCGAUGAGGGGGGCGAGAUGGGAAUUACAGCAUUCGUGGAGCCUCUCGUGAUCUUUUUGAUAUUGAUCGUAAAUGCCAUUGUUGGAGUAUGGCAAGAGAACAACGCCGAGAAAGCCCUAGAAGCUCUCAAGGACAUUCAAUCCGCGCACGCCAGCGUGAUACGUGAAGGGAAAAAGAUAUCCGGUCUGCCAGCCAGGGAACUCGUUCCGGGUGAUAUCGUUGAACUCAGGGUAGGCGACAAGGUUCCAGCUGAUAUGCGGGUUUUGCAUCUGAUAAGCUCCACUGCGAGGGUCGAGCAGGGUUCACUGACGGGGGAAAGCGAAGCGGUUAAUAAGAGCAAUAAGGUUGUUCCUCAGGACAGUGACAUUCAAGGAAAGAAUUGUAUGGUUUUUGCCGGGACCACGGUUGUGAAUGGAAAUAUCAUCUGCUUGGUUACCCAGACGGGUAUGAACACGGAAAUCGGGAAGGUGCAUUCUCAGAUUCAUGCGGCCGCGCAAAUGGAUGAAGACACCCCAUUGAAAAAGAAGCUUAACGAAUUCGGAGAGACCCUCACUGCCAUAAUCGGAGUGAUCUGUGCGCUGGUCUGGCUCAUCAACGUGAAGUACUUCUUUACCUGGGAUUAUGUGAACGGGUGGCCAUCAAAUUUUAAGUUUUCUUUCGAGAAGUGCACUUACUACUUCGAGAUUGCAGUGGCAUUGGCAGUGGCGGCCAUUCCAGAAGGUUUACCGGCAGUUAUUACAACUUGCUUGGCACUUGGUACACGAAAGAUGGCUCAGAAGAAUGCGCUUGUACGGAAGUUGCCUAGCGUGGAAACUCUGGGUUGUACAACAGUCAUUUGUUCUGAUAAGACAGGUACCUUGACUACCAAUCAAAUGGCAGUGGCAAAGCUUGUGGCUAUGGGUCCUCGUGCAGAUUCCGUUAGAACUUUCAAAGUCGAUGGAACCACCUACAGUCCUUUUGAUGGCAAGAUACAUGAAUGGCCAACUGGUUGCAUGGAUGCAAACCUUUCUAUGAUUGCAAAGAUUGCUGCUGUUUGCAAUGAUUCAGGUGUUGCACAAGCUGGGAAUCACUAUGUCGCUAAUGGAAUGCCAACCGAGGCAGCAUUGAAAGUCCUAGUUGAGAAAAUGGGUCCUCCUCAAGGGUUUGAUACCUCAUCUUCAGGCACCGCAGAUGUGCUACGUUGUUGCCAGCGAUGGAGUGAAAUCGGACGUCGUAUUGCAACUCUUGAGUUUGACCGUGAUCGGAAGUCAAUGGGAGUUAUUGUGAGGUCGGAAUCAGGAAGAAAUUCAUUAUUAGUGAAGGGAGCAGUAGAGAAUGUAUUGGAUAGAAGCUCCCAUGUUCAACUGCUUGAUGGUUCUGUUGUGACAUUGGAUCAUAGUUCAAGAGAUCUUAUUUUACGAUCCCUUCAUGAGAUGUCAACCACUGCACUUCGCUGCCUGGGUUUUGCAUACAAGGAUGAACUUGCUGAAUUUGUGACUUAUGAUGAUGGUGAUGAAAAUCAUCCAGCUCAUGAUCUCUUACUUAAACCAUCUAAUUAUUCAGCUAUUGAGAGUGACCUUAUCUUUGUCGGGCUGGUUGGGCUAAGGGAUCCUCCUCGAGAAGAGGUUCACAAAGCAAUUGAGGACUGCAGAGCAGCUGGUAUCCGUGUUAUGGUUAUCACAGGAGAUAACAAGGAGACAGCAGAAGCAAUUUGUCAUGAAAUUGGUGUAUUUGGUCCUAACGAGGAUAUUACUUCAAAAAGCUUAACAGGAAAAGAGUAUAUGGAUCUUGCUAAUAAAAGAGAUCAUUUAAGGCAAAGUGGUGGGCUUCUAUUCUCUAGAGCUGAACCAAGGCAUAAACAAGAGAUAGUGAAGUUGCUGAAAGAAGAUGGAGAAGUGGUUGCAAUGACUGGUGAUGGGGUCAAUGAUGCUCCUGCUUUGAAAUUGGCUGACAUUGGAGUUGCAAUGGGCAUCACUGGAACUGAGGUUGCAAAGGAAGCUUCUGACAUGGUGUUAGCAGAUGAUAAUUUCAGUACAAUAGUUGCUGCUGUGGGUGAAGGUAGAUCUAUCUAUGACAAUAUGAAGGCUUUUAUCAGGUACAUGAUCUCCUCGAAUAUUGGUGAGGUUGCUUCUAUAUUUUUCACAGCAGCUUUAGGUAUUCCAGAAGGGUUGAUCCCUGUCCAACUUCUGUGGGUCAACCUUGUCACUGAUGGACCCCCUGCAACAGCCUUGGGAUUCAAUCCACCGGACAAGGAUAUAAUGAAGAAACCCCCUCGAAGAAGCGACGACUCAUUGAUUACUGCUUGGAUUUUAUUUCGCUACCUGGUUAUUGGGUUCUAUGUUGGGAUAGCAACCGUUGGAGUUUUCAUUAUAUGGUAUACACAUGGCUCCUUCUUUGGUAUUGACCUGAGCCAGGAUGGCCACACUCUUGUCACAUAUUCGCAACUAUCCAACUGGGAGAAGUGUCCUUCUUGGGAAGGAUUCACAGUUUCUCCUUUCACAGCAGGGGCACAGGUGUUCUCCUUUGAUGCCAAACCCUGUGACUAUUUCCAGGCUGGCAAAGUGAAAGCUAUGACUCUCUCCCUCUCCGUCCUGGUUGCCAUUGAAAUGUUCAACUCCCUUAAUGCAUUGUCUGAAGAUGGGAGUCUCUUGACAAUGCCCCCAUGGGUUAACCCGUGGCUCCUUCUGGCCAUGUCAGUAUCUUUCGGUCUACAUUUCUUGAUCCUUUAUAUCCCAUUCCUUGCCCAAGUGUUCGGCAUUGUACCCCUCAGCCUAAAUGAGUGGCUCUUGGUGUUGGCGGUGGCAUUCCCAGUGGUCCUGAUUGAUGAGAUUCUCAAGUUUAUUGGGAGGUGUACAAGUGGGUUGCGCACAUCUUGCAGAAGGAAAUCAGUCAAGACCAAGGCAGAGUGAGAAGCGAAUGAGUUAAACUUCUCGAAUAGAAUCAUUAGUCUUGGUCCACCUUGAAUCUGCCUUUGUUCUAAAUUGAGGCUUGGCUUGGACCCUGAAGAUCUAAGUAGAUUGUGAACAAGGGUUUGGGACUUCCUAGUGCAUUUGGAGGGGAGAUUCACUUAAAUCACUGUUUAUUUUGCUCUAGUUUAUCUUUUCUAAUUAUUCCUGAACUAAUUUUUGAUGUCAAAAGGUGCAAAAAACGGAAUUACUUGUUACACUUCUAACCUUAGAUGUUCACACUUCACACUUCACAACCUCAGGGCUUGUACCAAUUUUUUUGCGGGAGAAGCUACUUUCAUUUUCCCUGUGGAUGCGAAUGAUGCGCAAAUUGAGGAACUAAAAUGUAGACCAUUACAGUGGUUAAAGAUAUCUUGUUUUCCUUAA